AUGCAACAAGGCGUGAGGAAGCGGCCUCGGCAGGGCGAUGACUGGGGUGCCACAGUCAAAAGCAAAAGUAGCAGCAACGACGGUAGACGCUUGCCUGGGCGUUAUUCGCCAUUGACCUCCAGCGGUGCAUCCGCUGCUGAUGCUGCUGCUCCUUCGCCUUCGGCCGCGCCAGUGACGGCGAAGGACGUGAUGUGGCAGCGCAAGACGACGGAUGUGCAGAAGCAGCUCAUCCAGCUCGCCCACCUGUACGCGCAGAAGGCGCAGGAGAAGGAGGAGGUGCUGGACGCCAUUGAAGAGAUGAUCGCCAUGCAGGAGCUGGAGCUUGCAGCUGUCGCGGCGGACAGCGAGUCCCACACAAGUCAACACCUCGAGGAGCUGGCGGAGUUGCGUCGUCGCGAGGAGGCAUGCUUCAUGGAGAAGCAAAGGGCCAUGGACGAAAUAGCAGCGCUGCAGGAACGACGCGUGCAGCUGGAGCAGGUGCGGGAACGCAUGCAGGAAGAUAUUGUCAUGCAGUCCGAUGGGUUGGAGCAGCUGCAGCGGACGUUAGGGGCACAGCGCGAGGUCACGGCGAAGGAGCAGCGGGAGUUAGACGAUGCGCUCGAGAGAGAGCGCGUCAUGCAGGACGCCGCCUACGGUCUCUCCGGUGAGGUAAGAGAGAUGGUGGUGGAACUCCAGCAGAUGCGCAAGGCCAAGGCGGCAGCUGAGCAGGAGACGAAGGAGACAGAGGUGCUGCGGCGGCAAUUGUACUCUCAGUGCGAGGAGCUGAAGGGGACUAUUCGCGUGUAUUGCCGCGUUAAGAGUGGUGGUAGUAACAGCAGUGACGCCAAGCUGGCAGCUGAGACGCUCCGUGAGGAGUCAGUCGCAUCACGCAGCACCAUCAGUUCUGUGGCGGAGAUGCGGCAGAGCUUUGCUGGUGCAGCAGCAACAGGGAAGGGAAAAGAGAGGCGGCGACGGGAGGAGCAGCAGUCGGUACAGCAUGGGCGGUUUGUGUUCCCGCAGGCUGGCGAGGAGGUGCAGAGGACGCUGUGCCUCUGCCAGUCGCGGAGUAACGCCACCUCCACCGGUAAGCAGGAGUCACGCGAGACGUUCGUCUACGACCGCGUCUUCGAUGGCAGCGCGGGGCAGGAGGCUGUCUACGCCGAGGUGGAGCCGCUCGUCAACUGCGCGAUUGACGGCUACCGCGUCUGCAUCUUCGCGUACGGUCAGACGGGCUCCGGCAAGACGUACUCGAUGGAGGGCGACGUGCGGGAUGAGCAGCGCUGCGGCAUCACGCCACGUGCGCUGCGCACCAUCUUCCGCCGGCAGGAGGAGCUGCGCGCCGACGGCUGGGAUUACCGCCUCAGCUGCUACUUUGUGGAGAUAUACAACGACGUCAUCCGCGACCUGCAGCAGGAUCCGGCGGCGUACGAGCCCGGUGGCGCGGCGUGCGCGCAGCCGAACUACCACGUCAUCAAGCACCACAGUGAGACUGGGACCACAAAUAUCACGAACGUCGUGGAGAAGCGCAUCCACUCAAUCGCGGACUUCCAGCGCUUGUACGACGCGGCUAUGCGGCACCGUAGCACAACCAAGACACUACUGAAUGACCGCUCGUCCCGCUCACACUGCGUGUUUGUGCUGCGCAUCGAGGGGGAGAACGCGGCGAUACGACAGCGCAGCGAGGGGACGUUGUGCCUCGUUGAUUUGGCCGGAAGCGAGCGGAUGAACGACUCCGGUGUGCAGGGACAGCAGCUUAAGGAGACAAUCAACAUCAACCGCAGUCUGCUGGACCUGGGGAAGUGCAUCAGUGCCCUCAACAACUCCGGUAGCGUCGCCCCGUGGCGCAACUGCAAGCUGACGUACCUGCUGCAGAACUACCUGGGCGCAAAGGGCGGCAAGAUGCUCAUGCUGGUCACCGUCUCCGAGAAGGAGGAACACUUAGCGGAGAGUCUCANGAGCCGCGUCAACCAGACAGUUGUUGGCCCCUCCGUGAAGAGAGUAAACAACUACUGA